CAGGAAAAUGGGCUAAACUAAAGUUAAAAUAGUUAAAUAAUAACAUAAUUAAUGAAAUUGAAAGUUAAGGCUUAACUUCCAGCCGAUUUUAUCUAUCAAUAUCAUUGUAUCACAGAUACUACCAGUCUCGUUGUAUCACUUCGACUAAAAUGUGUAGCUUGAUGAUGGCAGAUGACAAGGAAGAACAGCAAACUGAAAUUACAGAAGAUGAGCAUGAAGAAGAGUUGAACUACAAACCUCCACCUGAGAAGUCUUUAAGAGAAAUAGUAGAAGCCGAUCAAGAAGAUGAAAGUUUGAGAAAAUAUAAGGAAGCAUUACUAGGAGAAGCAACAAAAGAAGUUGUCAUCUUAGAGCCUGAUAAUCCCAAAAGAGUUUUGGUAAAGAAACUGUUAUUAAUUGUUGAUGGAAGACCAGAUUUAACCCUUGACCUCUCAGGUAAUAUAGACAACCUGAAAAAUCAAACAUUUAUCAUUAAAGAAGGAAUACAUUACAAAAUUCGGGUUGAAUUUUUCGUACAAAGAGAAAUUGUUACAGGCCUGAAGUACGUGCAGAAAAUCCUAAGACAUGGAAUUCAAGUUGAGAAGAUAAUACAAAUGGUUGGCAGUUAUGCACCAAAACCAGAAAUACAGUCAUUCACGACCCAGCAAGAAGAAAUGCCUUCAGGCAUGUUGGCUCGUGGCAAGUACUGUGUUAAGUCGCUUUUCACGGACGAUGACAAGAACGAACACCUGAAGUGGGAGUGGUCCUUUGAAAUAAGAAAGGAUUGGGAUUAAAACAGUACGUUUUAUUUUUGCCCCUUCAUUGUUCAUAUGACUUCCCAAUUAUUAAAUCAUCAUAUUUGACUUCUAAUAUGCUGUAUACUUAUGUAGUUUACAUUCUCUGGUACCAAUUGUUUGUUUUUUUUCAUAAGGAAGGCUCCAUUCGCUGUUAAACGUGAGUGAAACAUUUUGCAUCACUCAUUCGUAACUUGAAAGUAAAAAAUAAUAUGAGCUCUUGUUUUUUUGGAGAGUGAUAAUAGGCUGUUUUCUCAUCUUUUAUAAUUUAAAUAUCAUGAAUGAAUGAUUACGAUUUGGACCCUUACAAGUCUUGCAUUUCAACUUUGUGCCUUGUAAGAAAAAUUUAAUAUAGAUAUAAUAGCUGUAGAUUUUUUGAGCAUUUUAAGCCCUUGUUAAUAACUGGUGCUGGUAGUUUUCCCUUCUGAUAUGAUCAUGAAUAUACACUAGGUUUUUUGAUAUACAGUCAUAUACACACAUUUGUAUUUUUCUCUUGUUAACCUUAGAGAAAUAAAAUAGAAAAUUUUAUAACGCAUAUCAGGUUUUCAAAACCAUUUUUAAAAGAACUAUUGUUUAAGGAAAAAGUUAUUUCGAUUCAGUUAGUAUAUAUAUUUUGUUAGUUCAUUAAUGCUGGAAUAUUUCCCAAGGCUCAGUUAAGAUCACUGUGGUAGUACUAUAAAAAAUAGAACAAGCUAGGGGGUGAAAUCUAACCAUUCACAUAUAUAUAUUUUAUGCAAUUUUUCUUUACGAGUCAGUUUCUUGAUAUUACACUUAUUAUUUUGCCCAAUAAUUUUAAACUUGGGCACUUGUUAAUUUUCUUUGUUAUGGUUUGGAUUCAGUGUUCUUAGAGGUAACAACGUUGAGACUUGUUUUAAAAUUUAGUAACGUUAUAUACAUUCAAUCUCAUUCUUUGGUGUGGUGUAGGUUUAUUAAAAGCAUGAUUUUUACAAUAGAAUGUAGAAUAUAGUUUUUCUUUCAACCUUGAUCAUAAGAAUUAUUGUAAAACUUAAGUUUCCAGGAGAAAAGUUUUAUAUUUAUUAAUUAUGAGAAAGCGUCCAUAGCUAUAGACUUUUGCAGGAAAAAUAUCAUUCAAAUGUGAAAAAAAAAGUCAGUGUAUAAACUGUACGUAUUAUAUAGGAGGAACCAAAUAAAUACAUAUCCAGUUUCAAUUACUGGUGUCUUUCUUUGUAGAUUCUGGAUUUAAAGAUAUAUAAAUCCUGUGGGCAUUUAUUGGUUUAUAUUUUUAAUUUACUGAUCUGUUCUUAUACUACACAGUUUACCACUAAUAUGUGAAUGCUAGUUAAAAUAUGGUUAUACUAAUUUACGAGUGAUUGAAACCUUUUCAUAACAGCAUUGUUAGUUAUUAAGAUGUGGGUUAAAUUAAUUCCUGUUACGUAGAAGUUAUUCUCAUAUUAUCAAUAUCUUUAAGAUAAAGUAGUGAUUGUUUUGGUGUAUGUCCUGCCCGAAGAAUGCUAUAUGGCACUUCAAAGUCAUAUUUACUUUCAUAAUAAUAAACACUGCCAACAGACUUUUUCAAGGAAAUUUUCAUAUUAUAUAUACACACACGUACACCCAGUUGGCCAUUUCCUUACAUAAGAAACACAGUCACAAUUAAGUCAAUAUUUUUAAUAUGAACAUUUGGUAGAUUUAUCCUCAACAUGGAUAUUAAAGAUGAUACAAGAUCUUGAUCACGGUUGUUACUGUCCAAAGUAUUGUUUUUAACUAUUAUCUGUAUACAGGGCCAAUCUUCAGCCGACUCCUACUUACACUUUAAAACAACAGUAGUAGAGGUAAUCAAUUAAUCUUAGCCAUAUUUUAAAAAAGUUUACCAAAAAAUAUAGUGUGGCAGUAAAGCAGUCAGUAACACCAUUAUAAGUCCAUUGACUACACUUAUCAGGUACCAGUGGCCUUAAAUUGUUUUUUGAGAAAUGUCUGUUUAUUAUUAAUAUAAAAGAAGUCAAAAUUUCCAUGUUUUUUUGUGUUCCUCAUAACCCUCCAGCUCUUAUGUAGUUAUUAGUCGAUGUAUGAACUCCAAAAUAUGCUACGUCAUCAACUGAUCAUGUACUUUGUAGAAAUUAGUGUGUUUCCAAUGGUCAGGUUCAGUACCAGUUUUCAAAUCUGAUGUUAUUGAUGUGAGGAAUUUGUUUUCGACCACAUCUUUUUCUGUGGUAACCGUGAAAAGAAGUGAAGAUUGAUAUUUCUUCUUUAGCUCAAGUUGAUAGUAACCAGGUUGAAAAUUUACUUUACCAACUUGUAGAAACUUAUUUAUUAAAAAGUGACAGAAUC